AUGGCGGACCAGAAAAAGACCAUGCGGGCUUGGCAGCUCAGCGGCGCCGGGGACGUGGCCAAAACCCUCAAGCUCAACGAUUCCGCUCCCUACCCUUCACAGCCACUGAAGAAGGGUCAAGUGCUCACUCAAGUCAAGGCAGCAGCCAUCAAUCCUGCCGACUACAAGUUCCCCGCCAUCCCCGUUGUUGGUAGAUUGAUUGUCAGUGCCGGCAAGAUCCCUGGCAUGGACUGCGCCGGCGUUGUCGUCGAGGCAGGUCCCGAUGCCGCCUACAAGGUAGGCGAUCGGGUCUUGGGCCGUGUAGACCCCCGUGGUGGUCAGGGUACGCUGGCCGAGUAUACGAUCCUGGAGCAUGAGGGCAGUGCCAAGAUUGCCGAUAACGUCUCGUUUGAAGAGGCAGCUGGUGCAAACACAGCCGCCUUGACGGGUAUGCAACCCAUCGCCGCCAACAUCAAGGAGGGUUCGGGCGCCAAGGUUUUUAUCAAUGGCGGCGCCGGUGGCACGGGAACUUUUGCCAUCCAGAUUGCCAAGCAGCUCGGCUGCCACGUCACAACCACGUGCUCUACGGCCAAAGCCCAGUUUUGCAAGGACCUGGGUGCCGACGAGAUCAUCGACUACAAGACGUCUGACGUGGUUACGGAACUCAAGAAGAAGGGGCAGGUCUUUGACCUGGCAGUCGACCUCGUUGGCUUUUCGCCUGGGAACUUGUACACCAGCUCGCCCGACUACCUCAAACCCGAGUCCAAGUAUGUCGCGGUAGGCGGUGCUGCCAACUCUGCUGUUGUCACGAGCAUGGUCAAAGGGUUGGUGCUGCCAGGCUUUCUGGGUGGUGGCAAGCGCAAGAUGGAAUUCUACAUGACGGCCAACAACCACAAUGAUUUGUCCCGGAUAUCAGAUUGGCUGGCCAAUGGCAAGGUCAAGACGGUGACUCACAAGACAUUUCCUUUUGAGCAAGUCAAGGAGGCUUUUGCAGAGUUGAAGACGGGCAGGGCGUCUGCAACCAGUUAUAACCAGACACUCAGGAUGUGCGUCAAGGCUUGCGACAAAUACACCUGCGGGACCCAUUCCUUCUCAAGGUUGAUUCGCUGCGACAACGCCAGGCUUACUGGUAGAGUGACUGAUGCCGAAAACGUCUGCGAAAGGGUGGGAACAGUUUCUGUGAGCAUCGAACUCUCUUGUCCCAACCCAGCAUGUGCGGCGGCCAUGGACAAAACUCUGAAGUCCGCCGGCAAUACUCACACUCUGUGUAAUAGUGAGGGCAGCCGUAACAAAGCGGGUGUUAUGACAAAUGCUGCAGUGUUAAAGAUGCUCAAGGAUGCUGUGAGAAGACACCCGGCAGCCUCGUCUCAGAGCUACCUCCUGUGCGCAUGUUUAUCACAAGGCUGUGGCUGUUAG